AUGAAGGUUUCUUUCGCUAUGUUGGCGCUUGCCGCCAGCCUCGGCGAGGUCAACGCUACUUGGGGAGGCAACUGGAAGAACGCCAAGAAGUACACCACUCCUGGCAGCUCCAACAACCAGUGCAAGGAUACCCAGAAGAGCGGAUGGAACUGGGACAACUUGUCCGAGGGCAGCUUCAGCAGCUACGAUGGUUUUGACUUUAGCGGCUGGUCCUGCAAGCAAGACCUGAAGAAGCGUAGCCUCGAUGGACGCACUUUCGGCAAGACCAUCUCCGGUAGCUGCGGUUCCAACGCCGCCUCUGCCCCUUCUUUCAGCUGCGGCUCUGGCAGCAAGUCCGUGAGCAGCUUCUCCGUCAAGACUUUCGACAUCAAGACCGAGUUCGACUGCCGCAUGGAGUUCCACUACGAGAUGGGCGAUGGCUCCACCUGCAAGCAGUCCGCCGACUGCUCUUCUCAGGGAACCUCCAUCCACAACACCCAGUGCGGUGGUGCCAAGAAGGUCACCUUCGUCUACCCCGUCCAGGACAAGCCCAAGAGCAACUGUGAGAUCGAGGUCCCCAGCAUCGACUUCGACUGCGACGACUCCGACACCCCCUCUUCCACCAUCCCCUACGGCUCCGAGUCCACCACUGUCCCCUACGGCGAGGACUCCACCACCGUUCCCUACGGCGGCGAGACCACCUCCGAGGCCUUCCCCGGUGAGACCACCUCCAUCCCCGUCGGUCAGGAUACCACCUCUGUGCCCUACGGCGGUGAGGACACCACCACU